CACCACCACCGCCGCCACCAACAUCAUCAUCCUCACCUCUCACGGAAAUACGAGGCUAAAGAGGGGGAUCACUUCGCAGGAUCAAGACUCAAGAGGAGCUCUUCCUCGAUCAGGUGAAAAGGGUCACCUCAUAACGUCAACAAACUGAAGCCUGAUACCAACAACGGUACAUUCAGGUGGCCUCUGUGCUACGAAAUCUUGACCGCUCGUGCGUCUCCUGAACCUCUUUAAAAUGGAGGACAGCUACCAAAACCGGACUGCCUUCAUAAAAGGUGCCAAAGACAUUGCCAAAGAAGUCAAGCGACAAGCUUCCAAGAAGGUCAGCCGUGGAAUGGAUCGUAUGACCGACGAGUACAGCAAACGCUCCUACAGCCGUUUUGAAGAGGACGAUGAUGAUGACUAUCCCAUGCAGGGUAGCCAGGAUGGAGGCUACUACCGUAGUGACAGCCAGGCGGCCAAUGACGACGAGGGCGGCCACAGUGACUCCACGGAGGGUCACGACGAGGAUGAUGAGAUCUACGAGGGGGAGUAUCAAGGUAUCCCCCGGGCCGAUUCUGGCAAGGGCAGCCUGAGCGGAGGCCCCGGCUCAGUCAGGGCCGGUGGGCAGCAGUUCAGAGAUAUCGGGGUCUCAGAGGCUGAAAGACGGAAGGACCAGGAAGAGCUGGCUCAGCAGUACGAGACCAUUUUACAAGAAUGUGGUCAUGGAAAGUUCCAGUGGACCCUCUACUUUGUGUUGGGGCUGGCACUCAUGGCAGACGGCGUGGAGAUCUUUGUGGUCGGCUUUGUCCUGCCCAGCGCUGAGAGGGAUAUGUGUCUGUCUGAACCCAACAAAAGCAUGUUAGGUCUGAUUGUAUAUUUCGGGAUGAUGGUUGGGGCCUUCCUGUGGGGUGGCCUCGCUGACCGGAUAGGCCGUCGUCAGUCUCUUCUCAUCUCUCUGUCCAUCAACAGUGUCUUCUCCUUCUUCUCCUCCUUCGUCCAGGGCUACAGCACUUUCCUGUUCUGCCGUCUGCUCUCAGGUGUUGGGAUUGGUGGCUCAAUUCCAAUCGUGUUUUCCUACUAUUCUGAAUUCCUGGCCCAAGAGAAGCGUGGCGAGCACCUGAGCUGGCUCUGCAUGUUCUGGAUGAUUGGGGGAAUAUAUGCAUCUGCUAUGGCCUGGGCCAUAAUCCCUCAUUAUGGAUGGAGUUUCCAGAUGGGCUCGGCAUACCAGUUCCAUAGCUGGCGUGUGUUUGUGUUAGUGUGUGCGUUUCCCUCUGUUGCAGCCAUCGCUGCCCUCAAUGCCAUGCCAGAAAGCCCUCGCUUCUACUUAGAGAAUGGCAAGCACGAUGAAGGCUGGAUGAUUCUAAAGCAAGUUCAUGACACCAACAUGAGAGCGAAGGGAUACCCAGAGAGAGUGUUUUCUGUCACCACAAUCAAGACUGUGAAACAGAUGGAUGAGUUGGUGGAUACUGGCACCGACACACCAGUCUGGCAACGCUAUAAACUGAAGAUUAUGAGCUUGUCCCAACAGAUGCGGAGUAACUUUCUCGCCUGCUUCAGCCCAGAAUAUAAGCGAACCACUUUCAUGCUGAUGGCCGUUUGGUUCACCAUGUCUUUCAGCUAUUACGGCCUGACGGUGUGGUUCCCAGAUAUGAUCAAAUACAUCCAGAAGCAGGAAUACGAGUCACGCACAAAGGUGUUCGUCAAGGAGCAAGUCCAGCACAACACUUUUAACUUCACCCUGGAGAACCAAGUUCAUCGCCAAGGACACUACUUCAAUGACAAGUUCCUCAACCUUAAGAUGAAAUCCAUGGUGUUUGAAGACUGUGUGUUCGAGGAGUGCUACUUUGAGGACAUCACCUCCACCAACACCUUCUUCAGAAACUGCACCUUCAUGGCAAGCUUGUUUUACAACACAGACUUUUUCAAAUACAGGUUUGUCGAUUGCAAACUGGUGAACAGCACCUUUCUCCACAACAAGGAGGGCUGUAUGCUGGACUUCAGCGACGACAACAACGCAUACAUGAUAUACUUUGUCAGCUUCCUCGGCACACUGGCGGUGUUGCCAGGCAACAUUGUGUCAGCUCUACUUAUGGACAAAAUUGGCCGUUUAAGGAUGCUGGCGGGGUCCAGUGUCAUAUCUUGCGUCAGCUGUUUCUUCCUGAUGUUUGGCAACAGUGAGUCAGGAAUGAUUGCCCUCUUGUGUCUGUUUGGUGGCAUCAGCAUCGCCUCGUGGAACGCCCUCGAUGUUUUAACAGUGGAGCUCUACCCCUCCGAUAAAAGGACCACAGCGUUUGGCUUCCUUAACGCCCUCUGUAAACUGGCUGCAGUCCUGGGCAUAAGCAUUUUCCAGUCUUUUGUCGGCAUCACCAAGGCCGUGCCAAUCUUAUUCGCUGCUGGCGCCCUUGCUGCAGGUAGUUUCCUUGCGACGAAGCUGCCUGAGACGCGGGGCCAGGUGCUGCAGUAAAACGAGUGGCCGCCAGUCGGCAGCAGAGUAUAGCUGGAGUGGGCGUACGACACCUAGAGCAUGAACACCUCUGAGAGCUUCAGCACUGCCCAUUAAACACUAAGAGGACAGACUGACACCCAUUGUAAGCCCAGAAUCCUAUGAAAUAUGGAUUUUAUCAUUUUAACACUAUACAGACCCGUGGUGUUUAAUAGAAGAACAUACAGAUGUAAAAACACAGUAAAUAUCUGGGUAACAACAGCACACAACUCAAUCCAAUCUAUCCAAUCCAGCAUCGUCGUAUCCAGAAUCAUGAGGCUUUAUUUCAACUGCACACUCACUUAUGCAUUAUUCAGAUGUCAAACAUGGUACAAAAGUGUCAUUUGCACAUGGUGGUACAGCACAGAUUGUGAUAGCAAACUGCAGGCAUUUGCAGAAUUAUUGGUACCCUUCAUGAAAAUGGACAAAAAUGGCUGUAAAAACUACAAAAAUGCAUCAUAUUUUA